GUGGUCAUAUCAAAGCAGCCAAAUCAGCUCGAAAACUUGUACACACUCGCCAGUUUUGCUUUUAGUGGUCUCGUUAUAAUGUCAAACACCAAGACGAUGCUAAGUACCGUUAGCUGGUUUGGUUACUUUUACUUUGUCCGUUUAACUAACCAUACGUCAUAGUCAGCAAGCUGUGUUACCUAGCAACGACAGUGAUUGCUGUUAGCCAGCGGUUUGACUCAAGCACACUUCAGACAGUACAAUGACAAUAAUCAACAGGGUUACAGGCUGCUGUUGUCAUUCGCUACUUUUAUCAACAUUACCGCACCACUUAUCGGGUUAUAACGUGUCAAGACUGUUUUUGAAGUGAUGGUGCUGCAGUAUGAUGGUACAGCGCCAUUGUUUCAUUUGAUAUGGACAUCCCUACAGGCGCACUAUAGCACAAUGAUUCUUCCUGAUGACAUCUAAACCAAAGGCCCAGUUGGCCCCCCUGCCAUGGACAGAGAUCCUUGCAUACUGGCUGCUGUCCUUUGGCUCUCAUCUGUUCUCCUUCUACCAACUGCACAGGUUCUCCAAAGAGCAUGAAGCAGGAUUACUGAGAGAAUUCCAGUUGGAAAAGGGCCUUGUUAAGGGUUUUAAAAGGGAUCCAUCAGACUUUGAGUGGAAUUUCUGGACUAAAUGGGCUAAGAAGUCUUUACUGUGGACUCUGAUUGGUCAUGGCGUGAUAUCGAGAUUGACCAGCGUCUUUUACCCCAAGUUUAGAGUGCCAGCACUCACAAUAUAUGGCCUCCUUGCAGCCAGCAGUGUGUUGGGGAUUAAAGGUGUGAGUGUGCUGCUGGUACAUCUGGGCCUGUCCUUUUCAGUGGCCCAACUGCGAAAGCCAGCUCUGUCAUGGGCCUGUAACCUGCUGCUGCUCACCACGCUUCACAUCCAACCACUUGAACAUAUCCAGAGAGGCUGGUAUAAGACCGAGGAGGAGUACUAUCUGCUACUCUUCAGUGUUGCUGUCUGUGGUCUGCGCUUCAUCAGCUUCAGCCUGGAGCAUUGCUGGUGCCCUCUAGACCGUGGUGGAGUUGUGCAGCUCUGUUGGCUGUUUUCAUACACCUUCUAUCAUCCUUUUUUCUACAAUGGACCCAUUAUCACAUACAAAGACUACAUUGAGCAGAUGCAGAGGCCUGCUGAGGAGAGUGACAGGGGACUGUCUGCAUUCAGUUACUUGGUGCUCAGAUCAGGACGGAUCCUGCUGUGGUGGUGCACUGCAGAAUACAUGAUCCAUGUCAUGUACAUGCACUCCAUUCAGUCUAAUGAGACCUACUUAGAAAUACUUCCUCCUUGGGCCUUGGGCGGUCUGGCCCUGGCCCUCGUUCAGUUCUUCUAUGUGAAGUAUCUGGUACUGUUUGGCCUUCCAUCCAUGCUGGCUACUUUGGAUAAACUUGUUCCCCCAAAGCUUCCUCGUUGUGUCAGCAUCAUGUACAGUUUCACAGGGAUGUGGAGGCACUUUGACGAGGGCCUGUAUCGAUGGCUCAUCAGAUACAUCUAUGUACCACUGGGAGGUUCACGGCAUGGACGUCUUUACAAAAUGUUAUCCACUGGCCUUGCAUUUGGAUUUGUCUGCCUCUGGCACGGUGGCCAUGACUACUUACAGUACUGGGCCCUGAUGAAUUGGGCUGGAGUACUGGUGGAAAAUGGACUGAAGUCUCUCUUUGCCUCAUCGUUUAUUCACUCCAUUGUUGAGCAGAAUUUCUCCGCAGCGAUGGAAAGACGUUGCAUAGCCCUUCUCUCUGCCUUCUCCACUGCCAUGCUCAUCCUCUCUAAUCUGGUGUUCCUUGGAGGGAUACACGUUGGCAGAAUCUUCUGGAAGCGUGUCUUCAUUCAAGGUUGGUCUACAAUGGCCCCACCUAUGCUGGCUUUCCUCUACUGCUUUGCUCAGAUUGGACUCGAGUGGACUUCUCACCCACCAUGAGUCACCUUGACUUUGUAUCGAAGUGAGAAUCCCUGCUAUCGGACAACCAGAACAACCUGCUGAGUCCAGUGCAUUGUCUUCACCAGUCUGUGGCGAACCUGGCUCGUAGCCACAGACCAUGUGCAAACCUGGCUGAAGUACAGCUGAGCAGCCACUUUUCACAACCUGCAACACUGGGCAAAAAGUGUCUGUAAGCUAAGACUUAAAGGAUCAGUGUUGAUUCUUUCUAAGGAAAGAGUUUCCUGUACUUGGGAAAUUUAAGUGCACACAAACUGGAAUAGAAUAAGUGUAAAGCUGUAAAUUCAGUGCAGUAUCAAGUUUUCUACCUAAGCCUCACUGAAUCACUUUUAUUUCUGAGAAAUUAUAAAAUAAAAUAUGGACCCUCAA